AUGUCUACCAUCCGGAGCACUGAUGUCUCCCGCGGAUAUUCAACUCCCAAUCUGACCGAACAGUUCACGAUCGUGUGCUUGGUUGCCAUCUCUUGGUACAACGCCAUUGAACUUAUUGUUCUCUGCUUCGCCACCUUCAAGAAGUAUGGAGGCUUCUACUUCUGGGCCCUCGUCAUUUCUUCCAUUAGCAUCGUUCCCUUCGGCCUGGGCUAUAUCCUCAUCAUCUUCGACAUCUUCCCUGGCUACUUCGCCGUGGCCGUCGAGGAGGUGGGAUGGUGCGGCAUGGUCACCGGGCAGUCCUUCGUCCUCUGGUCCCGGUUACAUCUCGUCGUCCACUCCCGCAACGUCCUGCGCGGCACGCUGGCGAUGAUCAUCGUCAAUGCGGUUAUCCUCCACACCAUCGGCUGGGUUCUCGAGUUCGGCACCAACUCCAACCAGGCCUCACGCUUUACGCAGCCGUUUGAUAUUUUCGAGCGGGUUCAACUUAUCGGGUUCUCCAUCCAGGAAAUCAUCCUCUCAGUGAUUUAUACCAAGGCCGCCGCUCGGCUCCUCAAGCUCCAUCCUCGGCAGCAGUUCCGCUCCGCUUUGAUCCAGCUGCUGAUUAUCAAUAUCAUCUUCAUCCUCAUGGAUGCCGCCAUCGUGAGCUUCCAGUACGCGGGACUGUUCCGCAUUCACAUCUCUUUGAAAGCGAUGGUCUACAGUGUCAAGCUGAAGCUUGAGUACGCAGUCCUGGGUAAACUGGUCCAUAUGUCGCAUUCGAACUCUGUAGCGACGGACCCGUCUGAGGCACUGAAGAUGUCGCGCAGGACGAACUAUCGGUCGCAUGUGGAGCAGAUAAGGCAAGACCGGGAGAGCCAGAGGAGUAUCCUUCGGUGA